AUGGGGGCUUGUGAAUCACUUAUUGCUGACUUUAAGUAUUCUAUGAUGGAUAAGUUUGAGAUGUCAGACUUGGGUCUGCUACAUUAUUUUCUUGGACUUGAGGUGAACCAAAGUGCAUAUGGAAUUUUCAUUUCACAAAGAAAAUAUGCAACUGAUUUGCUUAAAAGGUUUAAUAUGCUGAAUUGUAAACUAGCCUUUACUCCAAUAAAUGUGAAUGAGAAGCUUGCUAUUGAUGAUGGUACAGGUGCUAUUUCAUGGAGUUCAAAGAAGCAAGAAAUUGUAACCCUGUCAUCAUCAAAAGCUGAAUAUGUUGCUGCAACAGCAUUAGCUUGUCAAGCAGUUUGGCUAAUUAGGUUAUUGACUAAUCUUCUUGAUCAAGAGCAGGCAGCUACAACAGAAAUCUUUUGUGACAACAGAGCAACGAUUGCAAUGAUAAAGAAUCCAACAUUUCAUAGCAGGACAAAACACAUUGACAUUCGAUAUCAUUACAUUCAUUAA